AUGUCAUGGGCAGUUGGCGAAGUUCUGAAUAGUCUUGUCAAAGCUGGGAUAGCCGAGAACACCCUUGUCGUAUUGAUGUCAGACCAUGGACCACAUAUUGAGCUCUGCCUUAACGGAGGCUCGACAGCUGGCCUUAAAGGAGGAAAAUCAAAUUCGUACGAAGGUGGUUUUAGAAUUCCAUUCAUCGCUUGGCAGCCAGGUACAGUGAAAGCCGGGCGAGUGUCGAACGAAGUCAUUUCAAGUAUGGAUCUGUACGCAACGUUCCGAGAAAUGCAGACAUGCCCAUUCAGGAUUCACUAUCGAACGUCUCCUAUAUUCUUCAACGAUACGAUGGAUCCUAAUCUUCCAUACUUCUGUCCAGAUGGGAAACCUCGAGCGGACUGGUUAGUGAAUCUGAUUUUAUUGAGAUUAUUCCAGCAGCAUUUGAAUCCACAGCAGUGUAGCACAGCGUAG